AUGAAUCACAUGGAAAUAGUCCACCCCAAGGACAAAUCCAAGAUCAGGUACUACAUACCGCAUUCUUGUGUAAUCAAGCCAGAUUCCACUUCAACAAAACUACGAGUAGUAUUUGACGCCAGUGCAAAAACGUCAAGCAACAUAUCGCUCAACGACAUUCAACACAGUGGUCCUGUUAUACAGCGUGAAUUAUUCGACCUGCUGUUGGAUUUCCGAUGCCACGACAAAGUGGCCACAGCCGACGUCGCAAAGAUGUAUCGACAAGUAAAUCUUCACGAAGAGGAUUCGUGGUUCCAAUGCAUCCUCUGGAGGAACGAUCCCUCCGAAGAAAUACAAGUAUACCGAUUGAAAACGGUAACGUACGGCGAAGCGGCAUCAUCCUUCCUGGCAUGCCGAGCGCUUCAUGAGGUCGGAGAAGAAAUUCGGGCCGAACAACCUGAAAUUGCUGAAGCUAUUCAACAAUGCUUCUACGUGGACAACUUCAUGAUGGGGGGAGAUUCAGUCGAAAAGCUGUUGGAGAAGCGGAAGGCAGUGGAAUCAGCCCUGAUGAAGAGAGGUUUUCCUCUGCGCAAGUGGGCAUCCAACGACGUCGACAUCCUUGCUGGAGUAUCAGACGAGGACUUGGAGAAAGAAAUUCGAAUCGGGGACCAUGACAUCAUAAAAACAUUAGGUGUAGCAUGGUCGCCUAAAGCCGAUACGUUCCGGUGCAUCGCGGAUGACCAGCGAGCGGAUUGGCGCUAUGUGCCAACCGAUCAGAACCCAGCGGACAUAGUCUCGAGAGGUAUUUCCGUGAGAAAACUUCUAACCACGAAAAAGGAUAUGUGGCUGCAUGCCACAAACCAUGCGCUAGAGAACAGGCGGCGCGUGGAGGCAUAUGACGCUCCGCAAGUGAUAGCAAUCUGCUCAUCAACCGACAGAGACAACACCAUCAGUGAGGUGGACGACUUAAUAUCAAGUUACCCGCACCAUAACUCGUUCCAGAAGACGCGAAGGCAUUUCGCCGUCAUCAAUCGGGCCAUGAACAACUUCAUGUCUAAAUCAGCGGCCAUCAAGUGUCGCGGGGUUGACCGAGAGCCACGCUUCGGGCCCUUAACCGUCAGCGAAUUGGAGGCCGGUGAGCAACUGAUCGUCAAGCAUCUACAGCGCGUCAGUUAUCCAAAGGAGUUCGCUCACUUGGAAGAACAAGGAACCCCUACAAAGCAGGGCCCUUUUCAACAUCUCAGUCCAAUCAUCGAAGAUGGACUCAUCCGCAUCGUGGGCAGGCUUAGCCUGUCCGACCUACCCCAGCAUCAACGACGUCCAGCUGUAAUACCCCGAGAGCAUUUCUUUGGAAAGGUUAUACUGGACCACAUUCAUCGACGAAAUCUCCACGCAGGCAUGGAGACAAUGAUCGCGGAUUUCCAGCAACGCUAUUGGAUGCGAAAUCUCCGAAAACUGGCCAAAACUGUCGUCAAUCGAUGUAUCUUGUGCGUACGAGCUAGGCCGCGCAAGCUUCAACAGCAAAUGGGUCAGUUGCCAAGACCCAGGGUGAAUCCAUCCCCAGCAUUCACCCACACUGGAGUAGACCUAUGCGGUCCAUUUCAGAUUUUACUAAGCCCACGGGCCAAAACGAGGAUGACAGUGUACGUGUGCAUCUUCGUCUGUCUUUCAACAAAAGCAGUUCAUCUUGAAGUGGUGGAAGAUCAGUCCACCGGUGCAUUCAUUGCUGCUUUGAUGAGAUUUACUUCGCUGCGCGGUAAGCCAGAGGUAAUCUACUCGGACAACGGUCGAAACUUUGUCGGAGCAGGUAGAGAACUUGCAGAGCUACGGAAAAUCUACAACAAUGAGAUCUUUCAAGACGAAGUGGUCGGAAUAGCAGCCGACAAGGGAAUAAAUUUCUCCUUCAUACCACCCCGAAGCCCAAACUUUGGAGGGCUCUGGGAAGCUAACAUCAAAGUUGCAAAAAGGUUGUUCACAGCAGCAGCCCGUGGGGCAUGCUUCAAUAUUCUGGAAUUGCAGACCGUACUCUACCAGGUGGCGUCCAUUAUGAACUCUCGCCCCCUCACAGUGGUCUGGACGGACGCUAGCAUCCCAGAACCACUGACUCCAGGUCACUUCCUUAUAGGAAGACCAAUGACGGCUCUGCCCAUCCCAGGCAAAUUCAUCGAAAAUGGGAGCAUAUCGGUACGCUGGAAGCGUAUUCAACAUCAAACUCUGCAGUUUUGGCGGAGGUGGCAGGACGAAUACCUGCAACAUCUGCGCUGCGUGGCCAAAUGGACCAAGAAGCAGCCCAACUUGGAAGUGGGACAAGUUGUCCUCAUUGGAGAUGACCACAAUCCUGUAGCAAAAUGGCCUAUGGGUAUCGUAACCAGUACGCAUCCAGGUGCUGACGGCGUCGUGCGAGUUGCCACGGUUCGCGUCGGGCCUAAUAUUUACAAACGCAACAUUCGACUGUUGGCCCCAUUACCUAUCGAGUUACCAGCAGUCAACAACAACACAGAACGAUCCUCAAUCAGCGAAUUGCGCUACAACAAAGUAUCGAAAAUGUGGCCCUUCGGAGACGAGGAGACGGUAGAACACAGCAAUAUCACAACGCACGAUGUGAUUUCAUAUUCGGUGGACGGUGGCUUCAUCCUAAUAGCCAUCGUCAUCAUCAUCGCCUGGAAGUGGCGACGUAACACGAGACGCCUCAACUCCCUGGAGGCAGCAUCGAGGCGCAACAACCUCAACGUUUGA